AACUUCCAACGGCGCACACCAUGGCAAAAACUGAGUUAAUCGACUCCCAUAUUUCCGUGAAACAGUGUACACGAGCCGUAAAUGCACUGCACGCAUAUGCUUCAAAAAAACAAAAAGAGCAGGAGGAAACCGAACUUUUAGCAUCCAGCGAGCAAUAUGUGUGGCUACAAAUCACAGUGAAGCGGAUGCACCCUGAACACAAGAUCAAACCUUUCAAAAUCCCGCUCAAGCAUGCUCUCAUCGAUCCACGAGAUACGCCUGUAUGUCUCAUCACCAAAGACCCGCAGCGAGAGUACAAAGACCUUCUCGAGUCUCAUAAAAUCAAAUUCAUAUCAAGGGUCGUCGGCAUCACAAAACUCAAGGGAAAAUUCAAGUCCUAUGAAGCCAGACGAAUGUUGCUAAAAGAGAAUGGAAUGUUCCUGGCAGAUGAGCGUGUAAUUCCUUUACUGCCAGGCUUGUUGGGAAAGAAGUGGUUUGAUGCAAAAAAACAGCCAAUCCCGGUCUGCUUGACACGAAAAGACCUCAAGGGUGAAUUGGAACGAGCCAUCGAGUCAACCUACAUGCAUCAGAACAGAGGAACAUGCACGUCUGUUAAGAUAGGACUACUAUCGCACACGCCAGAAAAAAUCCUCGACAACAUCAAAAUAUCUCUCCCCGCCAUCGUGAACAAUCUAAAGGGUAACUGGGAUAAUGUGCAAAGUCUUCACAUCAAGACGAAUGCGAGUAUCAGUUUACCGAUAUGGACAUGCGAACUCGGAGGUGCGACUGGUGGACGGUGGGAUGGCAUGGUGCAAUCUAAGGACGCACCUAAGGAGAGCAAGUCAGAUGGAGACUCUGAUUCAAAUGACAAGGACAUGGAUUUGGAGGAGCAUGUGCCAGAAGUGCCGGUCAGCAAAGUUAAGAGUAAGGGCACGAAGAAACCCCAAAACGAGACUGUCGAGAUUGUCGAGAAGUCGGUCACGCCGAAGGAGGUGAAACAAAAACGGAGCGCUGAAGUAGGAGAGAAGAAGAAAGCGAAGAUCGUAAAAAGUGGCCCGGCCAAGAGUGCGAAGGGGGCCCUCAUUGGCAAAAAGCCAGGACGACCGUGAUUAGUUGCUGCCGGCCCGGGUUAUAUAGUAUGUCAUAGCAGAUAUGUAUUGCUGGUGUUGCACGAUUGUUUGCGAGCUUGUUCGAAUACUUCAAUACUCAUUAGCCCUAGGCAUAUACUGCCAACUCUCGAAAUGUCCAUCCUCGUCACUCAAAUGUUACUUGUAAGUAUGUACAAACUUUUGGC